GGGCUUCCGGGUUAGGGCGCGUAGGACGGAUUCUGAUUGGGCAGCUGUGCUGCCGGUCUCUGCCCCUCAGGCCGGGCUGUGGGGAUGGAGCUGCGGGCGCAGCUGACCGGGCGCGACGGGCAGAAGCGGCCGCUUCGCGUGCGCUGCGAGCCCGAGCCCGAGCCCGGCGCCGGCGGGGAGCUCCGGGGGCUGCUGCGCGGCCUGGCCCAGCUGCAGGAGCAGGUCUCGGCGCUGCUCGCGCCCCUAGUGGAGCAAGAGAGCGGGGGGCUCGCGGGGGCGGGGACCGCCGCCGGGCCGCGGGGUGAUGUUGGGGAGGAAGAGGAGGAGGAGGAAGAUGAAGAAAACAACACUGAUGUCAAAACAUGUGUGGAUGGACCGCCUUUAAAACGGACAAAAAGUCAGCACUCCUGACUAUUGCUUUAAAAGCUAUUUAAUUUUUUUAAAAAUACUUUUCUGCUGUUGCAAAUGUUAGUGUUUAUAUUGCAUUGUUGUACCUCUGACAGAAACUAUUUUUGGAAACUAGACAACUACAUUUGUGUUCCUUUUGGUUAAGUUUUAGAAGGAAAAUGCCUUUUUUUUUUUUUUUUGGUAUUUAACAUUAUUAAUAAAAAAAAAACUGACAAAAAGAGAGUAAGGUGUUAUAUAGUAGAUUCUCUUACAUGGAAAGAAAUUAAUUCUUAAAUGUCUGUGAGGAAGAAAUUAUGAAUUGCCAGUGUCAAGAGGAGCCUUUGUUUGCAGAUGUCUCUUUACUAAUCUGGCCACUAAAGUUUGUGGUUUUGAAUCUUUUAAAAGUCAAUAUUAUUUUGUACUGCUACUGGGCUCCCUGUAUUUUUCCUGCCACUCUUAAAAUAGAGGAAGUUUCAGUUUAAAAAAAAAAAAAAAAAAAAAGCAAGUUACUCUGCUGAAAUAUUAAACUACAAGAAACAAACUAGCAAUUUUAUAUAACAGUGCUAUUGAUAGGGGACUGUAUAAAAUAACCAGUAUUCCAGACCUGCUUAAAUAAAUUAACAAGGAAGUAGUUAUUUACAAAAAAAAUGUUGGACAGCUUUACAAGAAGCCUAAAAGAUCUGUUUAUGGUGUUGGGUCUCAGAUACAUUUGUGUUUAACACUUGUCUUUACAAAGACAUACGCAUAGGUAUUUGGAAUCAGAAUCAUGUGGCUUUGGGUGCCACCAUAAUUCAAAUAAUAAAUAAAUACAAAAUGUGUCAUAAUUUGAAAAGGACACUAAAAUACAGUGUUAAACCAAUAAAUGCAAGAAAUUGUCAG